GUUGAGCCGUGGUCUUGUUGCCGAAGGCUCUCGUUGUGAAUUUAACGUCGGACACGCGAUUCCUGUGUAGCUGGAUUGCUAGUCCGUUUUGGAAGGUGCAUCACCUGUCGACAUUCACUCUACUUUGCCGCAAGUCUGGCGCAACAACUAUAUAAGACCGAUCUACAUCUCACAGAAAACGCCAGGCAACAGUCACUUCAGUCUUCUGCCCAUACAACCGACCUUCGCUCCAGCUUACCUGAUUCUUCAUUGACAACUCUUGAAGAUGCGUCUCGACUUCAUCACCCUCGCCGCCUUGCCUUUGGUGCUCGGUGCUCCCGUCGUCACUCCUCGCUCUGGACAGGUCAUUCCCGGUCGGUACAUUGUCAAGUUCAAGGACAGCGACUUUGUGACCUCGGCCAUCAACAGCGUUCUCGCCCUGCUGCCCGCCGCCCCGGCCCACACCUACACCCUGAGCACCUUCAAGGGUUUCGCGGGUGAGCUCAGUGAUGAGCUCGUCAAUGUCAUUGCCGCUCUUCCCAACGUUGAGUACAUUGAGAAGGACGCAAUCGUCAAAAUCACUCAAUGGGAAGAGGAUGUAGCUCUUGACAAGAGAGCUCUCACCACCCAGUCCGGCGCCCCUUGGGGUCUGGGCCGCAUCUCGCACGUUGCCAAGGGUUCAACCUCCUACGUCUAUGACACCACCGCGGGAGCUGAUACCUGCUCCUAUGUCAUUGACACCGGUAUCUACACCGCGCACUCUGACUUCGGUGGCCGUGCUACCUUCCUUGCCAACUACGCUGGCGACGGUUCUAACACUGAUGGUAACGGUCACGGUACCCACGUUGCUGGAACCAUCGGAUCUAACACCUACGGUAUCGCCAAGAACACUAAGCUCUAUGCUGUCAAGGUUCUUGACGCCAGCGGCUCUGGUACCAACUCUGGUGUCAUUGCUGGCAUUAACUUCGUCGCUAGCGAUGUCAAGACCCGCAGCUGCCCCAAGGGUGCUGUUGCUAACAUGUCUCUUGGUGGCAGCAAAUCCACUGCUGUGAACACCGCCGCCGCUGGUGUCGUCUCUGCUGGUGUCUUCUUGGCUGUUGCCGCCGGUAACGAGGCUCAGGCAGCUGCCAACACCUCCCCCGCCUCGGAGCCCACCGUCUUCACCGUCGGUGCUACCGACAGCUCUGACGCUUUCGCCACCUUCUCCAACUACGGCUCCUCUGUCGACGGUAACGCCCCUGGUGUUUCCGUCCUUUCCACCUGGAACAACGGUGGCACCAACACCAUUUCUGGAACCUCGAUGGCUUCUCCCCACGUCGCUGGUCUCGGUGCUUACCUCUUGUCUCUCGAGGGCAAGGUUACCCCUGCCGCUCUCACCACCCGCAUCCAGUCGCUCUCCAACAAGAACAAGAUCACUAGCAUCAAGUCUGGAACUGUCAACUACCUCGUCUACAACGGCAACGGCGCAUAAACGUAUCAUUUUGCGGCGCUUAAUUU